CGGCGCCUUGCGCGUCGUGACCUUGCUGGAGGCGCUGCUAGGGAGGCGGGAUGCGGUCGGGAGGCGCUGCGGGUGAGGGAUUGAGCUGCCUCCUUUUCAGCGUCCGAUUCCACGAAGCUUAUCUCCGCCUAGUUGGACAUGGACCGCGGCGGAGCGGCCGGCUAGGGAUAUCCCAAAUCGAAGUGGCCGCACUAUGUCCACCUUUCGUUGUGAGGGCGGCAUUCUUCUAGCUCUAGGGUGAGCUCCUCGAAAUCCCGACGGUGCGGCGCCUACGAGCCAUGGCGAGGGGGUAGGGUCCCUCUUCGGUGAUAGAGAUGGAAGAUGUUGUUCCCCUUCUUCUCUAGGUGUUCCUGGAGCAUGGCCAUCUUCGAAGGUCGGCUAUGUCCUGCUCUGCUGCUCUGCUUUACUACAUAUGAUCCUAGUGUGGAGUGCUCGGCCUCUGCAAACUGUAAUCUUAAUUUCCUUUUCAUUAGCUGCUUGUGGAGGUUGUAGUCAGCGUUUCAGUCAAGUGUUCCCCAUUGUAUCGUUCUGACCGCUGUAAUUUGGUUGUUUGUUGUAACUCCUGGCCGGUUGAUGGCUUUGUUAAUUCAAAGCCGGGCUCUUCGCGAGCCUUCGUUCUAAAAAAAAAACUUAUGUGGACAAAAGCAAACUCAACGAAACUUCAGUGGUCGAAAUGGAUAUUUUUCGUUAAAUUACUACACUCCCACUUGACAAACACAUAAAUGCAUACUCUAUUGAUUUCUCUGCCAUGCAUGCAUGCAUUUACGUUCAACUUAGGCCUGAUCUGAUAUACACUAAUUUUUUUAUUUCCGUCCAACAGUCUCAGUCAUUCCCACCUGAAGAAAUAUGCUGGCAUGCUUUCUGUGUCUGGAGGAGGCAAAACCUACUUGCAAAUAAUGGAUAGUUGUGAUAAGAAUAUGUUUCGUGUUCGUCACCUGUCGCAGCAGAAGGAAUUGCCAAAGUAUGUUGCUUUCAAAGGCGACAAUGGCAAGUACCUCAGAGAACCGUCUCACUAUGAGCAGCCGCAGCAGUUUUCGGCGUCUGACAUCAAAGAUCAAGAUGUGGUCUAUGAGACUUUCACGGAUGACUAUGGUGUCGUUCGUAUAAAAAGCAAUGGCUCAGGCAGGGUUUUGAAAUCUUUCCCCGGCGAAGAUGGUAUUCCGAUUGCUAGUGUGAAGGAUGCUGGCUUUCAAUUCAACUCAGACAUACCAGAAGACACCAUCUACAAGGAUGUUGACACAUUGUUUAAGGUGGUCUUCAAGGAUGGGAACAACAUUGCACUCCAAAACAUUGGCAACGGUAAAUUCUGCAAGAAUCUAAACUUGCCUGGAGGCUGGAUCAGUUUCCUCUCUGCAUCUGCCGCCAACAGCAAUACGAGAGAAGCAACAUUCCAGAUUGAAGAACCAGUUAAAUCUCGAGAAAUCUAUGAUGUUGAGUACCGGGUCGGUGGAGUUAAGACUAGCUCCAACCAAAAGGUCACUAGGACCGAGGUGCUUGCUACCAAUAGAACACACGAAAGCCACACUGCCCAAACUAGCAUCGAAAUGUUUGACAGAACAGAGAGUAAAUGGGAUGCAAAGUUAACACUCGACGCAGAAUAUAACUGGGGGGAAACCAAGGAACAAAACACUAAGCGCACAACAUUAUACUCCUAUCCUGUGCCUUCGAUGACCAAAGUGAUUUGGAGCAUAUUUUCAAGAGAAGAUGUCAUUGAUGUUCCCUUCUCAUACAAGCAGAGAGACGUUCUGUUCACUGGACAAGUACUUCCCCUGCGGCAAAUGCACGAUGGCAUCUAUCAUGGUGCCCACUCCACUGAUAUCGACAUCGACACCAUUGAAGAAAAGGUCGCAUAAUUAGUUAAUGCAUGCAUGGGCCGAUAUAUAUAUGUACUAAAUAAAUAAAGUCCAUCAUUUGUGUUAUCAUUCUAUGUUACAUAUGUAAUCGAUGUACCAACCUUUUAUUGUCACCUAUAUAUAUCUGAAUUAAUAU